AUCAAGCUAGAAGUGACAUGCACGUAGAAACUUGCAUCAGCCUAGCCUAAAUAUGCUUUGCAAAUAAUGCAAAAUUAAUAAAUAGUUAUAUGGAUCAAAAGAGACUUCACCAACCUGCAGGUGGAAGUCACGUUAGCAAUAAUUAAGGAAGCAAAUGCAGCUUACUGCAGCUCACGUCUGUUUGAAACCACAACUGCUAUUGCAAUAUUGCAUGCAGAUCAGCUAUAUAUAACCCUCAAAUCAAUGACAACACAGCAACACAACAGUCUUAAACCAAGAAUCCUCAAAAAGCUUGGUUGGAUCUAAUCCAAGAAAGAUGGCAAGCUGCCAACUGAUACUACUCACCAUCUCAAUGCUGUUGGUCUCUUUUGCCAUCCCGAUGAUCACAGCGUAUGAACAUGCUCCAGCCAAGCCAGCAGGGAAGCCCAUAGAUGCAGUGGUUGAAGGUCUGGUCUACUGCCAGAGCUGUGAUAGCUAUGGAUCGUGGUCUUUCACCGGAGCAAAGCCCAUUGCAAAGGCUAAAGUUAGUGUUAUCUGCAAAGAUUACAGGAGGCGAGUGAGUUUCUAUAAGGCGUUUGAAGCAGAUGAAAAUGGCUACUUCUAUGCAGAGCUCAAAGGCUUCAAGAUGGGGCAUUCUUUCUUGGACCAUCCGCUCCACUCUUGCAAAGUGAAACUAGUGUCGUCGCCUCUUGAAAACUGUGACACUUUCACCAAUGUCAAUGAUGGACUGAAUGGUGCCCCUCUCAGAUAUGAAGACAAAACUAUAGUUCGACCUGAUUAUGAGGCUGUGAUUUAUACUGCAGGACCCUUGGCCUUUCGACCAGCUUACUGCCCUCCUAAAGCAAACUAAGUGCCAAAUAAUAUUUCACCUUUUUCCUAUCCUUUAAGUAACCAGAACUAAUCUGCAUUUUGUAACAGUGUAUGACCUUUAUUUUGCAACUGUAAUCGAGCAUGUUCUGUUCU